AUCUCCUCAUUUCAUCCGUACCCACUCUGUGUCAAGUCAAUCAUCAAAUCUACGGAGUUUCGUAAGCCCCAUGUCUACUCGAAUUCACAGAUAUGGCCACCCAGUUAGAUCCUCACGGCUCAGAAUUUUUAGCAGACGAGUUGGAGUUUCUAGCUGAAGACGAAAUGAUCGAAAUUGUCCCAAACAUGAGAAUGGACACUCUCAAUUUGAUCCGUGGAGAUUUUGGCCCUUUCCAUCCGCAAAUAGAAACUCAAGUACCUUUGUGGCUUGCAGUAGCUUUGAAGAAGAGAGGGAAAUACACAAUUCGACCUCUAGAGUGGAUGUCAGUUGAUGAAGAGAAAUGGUAUGCAAGAAGAUCAAAGAUUAUGAUUCGAAAAGGUUGUUGGAGCACUAGAAGACGCUUAAGCACAAGUUCAUGGCAUUUCUUAGAUUUGCAAAUGUAACUAUGCACGAGUUCCA